AUAAAUCAAGCCAUCGUGCCCCCAAAUUUUCGCAAUUUCCAUUUUCCAUUUUUCCCUUAAUCCAAUCUCAGAAAGCGAAAGAGAAAGGGGGAUGCAGUUUCAUUGAUGAGACCGAUCGUUUAGCUCGUCAUCGUAUCAGGUUCACCGCGCAGCGCUACUGUUUUAUAUGCAUAUGGGCCAGUAUGGAUUUCAAUUGUCAUCCAGAUGACGAUGACCUUCCAGUACUGCACUUGCGGAAAUGGGGUCCUUCUGAAUUUCCAUACAAUCCUUCCAAUUUUAAAGAAGGUUUUAUUUCUCCAACAAGGAAGUCCUUGCUGUUGCUUUCAUAUGAUUCUGAGGCAUUGUUUCUUCCCUUAGUUAAAGGUCGAUGCAUGAAAGAUGAGGAUCCUGAAAUUAUUCCUGAUGAAACAUUUGUUAAUCCCACUGAAUCGGGUGUGCCUAGUAUUUCUGGUUCAGGGGAGAAUAUCUCUGGCUCUGGAUAUGCAGACUUGGAUGGUGGUAUUGGUUAUGCAUCAGGACUUAUCUUUUCAGGAUCCACACCUGCAUUUAUAUCUGAUAUAGAUUCUGUGGCCUGGGGUCUAUGUGGGGAUACAUUUGAUAGGCAUGAAGAGGCUUCAUUUCAGGAGUUACUUUUUUUGUCAGGAAAAGAGGGGGUGGUUGUACAUGCUUUUUCUCGAUUCAAUGAAUCUAAUGAAGUAAUAAAACCGUUACAAGCAAGUGUUGUUGGGGAAGGGAUGUGGGUAGAGUGGGGCCCAUCCACGAUGUUAUCUUCCAGUUUGGAUGUUCAGGAAGAAUCAAAAUCUCCUCUUAAGGCCUCUCCAGAAAGGUCAAAUACUUUUCAUCCAGAAGCUAUGGAGGGUGGGCAGUCAGCAAGUCCAAAGAUAUGGAUGCGGACUUUAUUGACUAAAGUAGAAACAUUAACAUCUGGUAAUACUGUUUGUACCAGGUUUCCGGAUAGACCAUCAUUUCCCAAUAACAUAGUUGUUUCAUUUAGGCUAUUUGAUCAGGAUUCACAGUUCUUGGACUUACUUUCUCAUGGUAGUCCCACAUCUGUUGAUCAAGCUAAUGGCAGCAUGUCAGUUGUGCAUCCUUUUCAGAAUGAAUCAGAUACAAGUCUCAGUUCAUCUCACCUGAAACUUGAGGAUGAUAGUGUGACUAACUCUAGAAGUGGUGCAGCGAGCUGUUCGUAUAAAUGUGUCAAAGUGUUCUCUAACAAUUCGUAUCAGUUAGUUGGAUUUGCUCUAUCCAUGAUUAAUCCUAGACCUCUUGUUGCCAGCCAUGUGAAUGAUGAAAAUUAUAGUAACAUUCGGAUUGCUGUGGCCAAAAUUGUUACUUGUGGAAUACAGUGGGUAUACGCAGCAAAGCUUGAUGAAAAUGUAGACAAAGGCCCAUUUGAGUGGACGGACUUUACCUUUUCUCAUAAAUUUCUUAUUUGUCUGAGUACCUCUGGCUUGAUCGCAUUUUAUGGUUCCAUGACUGGUAAAUUUCUAGCCUUGCUUGAGGUUGCAAAUAUUAUCGGUCCUGGCCAUUGUCUAAGCCCUCAGGAGCGAAAAAAUGAUAGUAAUGUUCUUAAUCAAAUGCAUGAAAAGUUGUGGCACCGAAUUGGUAGUUUUACCAGGAGGUUUAGAAGGCUCUUUGUAUUUCCUCACUCCUCAUUGUUGGGUGUGAUGGAUGAAUCUGGUGUAACUUAUGUUAUACUUCCUGAUGCCCAUGUAUCAGAGGACCUUUUUUCGUUUGAAAAUGUGCUCCCUUAUCAGCACCAUCUGGACCUUGGACUUUUAACUGGCUGGGAGGUUGGGGGUGCUGAAAUUGGCUACCAAAGGGUACUCUUUAAUAAUAAGUCACCUCGAGACAUUAGUAGAUUACCAGUACAGGGUAAAAAUUCAUACUCCUUAGGUAGUUUUCCAAGCUAUGAGCGCUUGAAAAAUGAAGAUAUUAAUAUCAAGAAUUGGAGGAGUAACUAUGAUCCGUACAUCACUUCCUCUUCAGGUGCAAGACAGAUAAUGAAUCAGAAGAAGUUCCUGGUUUCUGAUUAUCGAUCCUGCCUCAUGAGGAAAGUUUUUCUACCACCAUGUGCAUCCAGUGAAGACGAUGUUCUUUGUUGUUCUCCUUUUGGAAUUACUCGCAUCACUAAACGAUAUGGUUCUGAGAAGAAAGGGUGUCAGGUUGGGCAUGCCAAUCUACAAUUAGAUUUCAUUGUGAAUGACGAUGUAAACUAUAACAUGCAAAGUUGGGAAACCUCUUCUGUCGAAGCUGUUGGCUGCAAUUUCCAUGGAUUUUUGUUUUUAGUGACACAAAAGGGGCUUUCUGUUGUUCUUCCCUCAAUUUCAGUGGCCUCAAUUUUUUUUCCUGUGGAAGCAGUUGGAUACAGCAUACCAUAUUGUACUGGCAGCACAAAAUGUAGAGCUGGUAAUCUUAUGGAAAUUUCUGGAAUUAAAAAACCUUGGUCACCUUGGAAACUAGAGGUUUUGGAUAAAGUUCUUCUAUAUGAAGGACCUGAAGUCGCAGAAAAGUUAUGCCUAGAAAAUGGGUGGGACUUGGGCAUUUCUAGGAUCCGCCGCUUGCAGUUGGCUUUGUGCUACCUGGAAUUUGAUGAAAUUGAGAAUUCUUUAGAAACGCUUAUGGGGGUGAAUCUGGCAGUGGAAGGUAUCUUGAGGUUGCUCUUUGCUGCUGUUUAUUUGAUGUCCUAUAAAGUAAGCAACGACAAUGAGGUUUCUGCUGCAUCAAGGCUUCUAGCAUUAGCCACUGGUUAUGCAACUAGGGUCAUACGUAAAUAUGGCCUAUUGCAGCAUAAGAAAGCGGUUGUGAGGCCAUGGGAUGCUGGAGGUAAUGAAGGUUUUGCUCUUCCAUUAGAGUUAACAGAUAAAGAACAUGAUGAAGAGGGCAACACAAGAAGCCUGAAGGAAAUGGCACAACUUUUGGUGAUUAUCCGUAGUUUGCAGGGGCAACUAAAUGCCAAACUAAAAAGGCCAGGCAAACCGUUGACCAACAAUGCAGGGUUGCCGAAUUUGAUAAGCGCAGACUUAUCUGAGGAUGAAGCCAAGGGUCCAGUUGUUUCAGAAGAUGCCUUAUUGUUGAAUAUGCCAGAUCGACGUGAAACUGCACAUCCUCCAUCUGCGACAGACUUGGGCAACAUGGAAACCCUUGCUUUAGUGUCUGCAGAUACAGUUGGUGCUAAAACCACAGAUUUUCAGAACUUCGAUAGUGCAAUCCUAGUUCCUGGAGGAAGUGCUUUUGGAAAGAAGACUAUUCAAAUUGAGAAUCCUAAAGAUAUGAUUGCACGUUGGGAGUUGGAUAAUAUGGACCUUAAAACUGUUGUUAAAGAUGCAUUACUCUCUGGCCGUCUUCCUUUGGCAGUACUCAGACUGCAUCUUCAUAAUCUUAAUAGUUCUUUACCUGGAUCAGAAACUCAUGAUACCUUUAAUGAUGUCCGAGUAGCUGGAAGGGCAAUUUCGUAUGAUUUAUUUGUAAAGGGUGAGAUAGGGCUUGCUAUAACCACAUUGCAAAAGCUUGGGGAGGAUGUUGAAACUGCCCUGAAACAGUUAGUGUUUGGCACUGUUAGAAGAUCUCUUCGGGUGCAAGUUGCUGAAGAGAUGAAAAGAUAUGGAUACCUUGGACCACAUGAGUUAAAGAUACUGGAGAUGGUAUCACUGAUAGAGAGGGUGUAUCCUUGCAGUAGUUUCUUCAGUACUCUGGCUACCCAGCAAAAAGAGCUUAAGAGAACAUCUGCUGAAGCAGCACUUGGGGAGAUAAGUCUACGCCUAGUGCAUCCACUAUUUAAAAAUCUUAUAAUUUUGUGUGGUGAGAUAGAUGGAGUUGUUUUGGGUUCAUGGACAACUGUUGACGAACAAUCUGUUGCUGCUGAAGUUGAUGAUGACAGCAGUCAUGCUGCUUAUUGGGCUGCUGCUGUGGCAUGGUCUGAUGCCUGGGAUCAAAGAGUUAUUGACCGUAUACUGCUGGACCAACCUCUCCUAAUGGGUGUUAAUGUAUUGUGGGAAUCACAACUUGAGUACCAUGUAUGCCACAAUGACUGGUUAGAAGUUUCCAAGCUGCUUGAGGUAAUUCCAUCGUAUGCACUGUCCUAUGGAAGCCUUAGCAUCCGCUUGGAUGAUGUACAUCCAGCUUCGUCGAUUGAGUAUGGGGAGGGGAUUCCAGGAUAUAACAAUUACACGAACUUUCUUGAAGAGUUGGAUGCAGUGUGUAUAAAUGUUCCAAGCAUCAGAGUUUUCAGGUUUUCUGCAAAUAGGACAUGCUCCAUGUGGUUAAGAAUGCUUAUGGAACAGCAGCUUGCAAAAAAACUUAUCUUUUUAGCUGAUUAUUGGCCUGGUACAGCAGAUAUUGUACCUUUGCUGGCCCAGUCAGGUUUUAUGAUUGACAUGCAUGAUGAUUCAUUUCUGGAUGAAGCCAACGACAGCUCAUCUGAUUCAAUACUAGUUAUUGGUGAUGCAUCAAUUAGUCCAGACACAGUUCAAGCACUACAUAAAGUUGUUAUACACUUCUGCUCCCAGUAUAACUUGCUGAACCUUCUGGACAUUUAUCUAGAUCUUCACAGCCUGGCUAUUGACCAUGAUUCACUUUCCUUUUUUCUGGAUGCAGCAGGUGAUAAUGAGUGGGCAAAGUGCUUGCUCUUGCUGAGGAUCAAGGGUAGAGAAUAUGAUGCAUCAUUUUGUAAUGCCCGCGCAGUUGCUUCCCGUAAUUUAAUUCCAGGGAAUAAACUUAAUGUUUUGGAGACUGAUGACAUCAUUCAAGCGGUUGAUGACAUAGCAGAAGGAGCAGGGGAAAUGGCAGCUUUAGCCACAUUGAUAUUUGCUCCUAUUCCUCUGCAAGACUGCCUUAGCAGUGGUAGUGUAAAUAGGCGUUGUAGCUCUGCUCAAUGCACCUUGGAGAACCUUAGACCAGCCCUGCAACGGUUCCCUACGUUGUGGAACACCCUCGUGGCAGCAUGUUUUGGUCAGGAUCCUCCUUGCAACAAUUUGGUUCUUAAGACAAAAGUUUCAGGCUAUUCUGAUUUGUUAGACUACUUGAAUUGGCGGGAAGGUGUAUUCUUCUCUUCUGUACGAGAUACCUCAAUUCUGCAGAUGAUUCCAUGCUGGUUCCCUAAGGCUGUCAGAAGAUUGAUUCAGCUCUAUGUGCAGGGGCCAAUUGGCUGGCAAUCCUUAGCUGAUUCAGAGACUGAAGAACUUUCAAUGCUGAGAGACAUCUAUUAUAUUGUAAAUUCCAGUGGUCAUGCUCAGAUUAGCGCCACAUCCUGGGAAGCUUCUGUCCAAAAACACAUAGAGGAGGAACUCUAUGCUUCUUCUUUAGAUGGAGCUGAGAUCGGACUUGAACACUAUUUGCACCGUGGACGUGCAUUGGCCGCUUUAGAUCAUCUGUUAUCAGCAAGGGUCCAUAAGUUGAAGUCUGAUGAUAAGCAUCGGGGACAAUCUGAAACCCCAUCGAGUGGGCAAACUAAUGUCCAAUCAGAUGUACAAACCCUUCUUGCACCAAUAAUGGAGAGUGAAGAGUCACUUCUUUCAUCUGUUAUACCUCUUGCUAUUGAGCAUUUCGACGACACUGUAUUGGUGGCCUCAUGUGCGUUUCUUUUGGAGCUAUGUGGCUUAUCUGCUAGUACUCUCCGAAUUGAUAUUACUGCCUUGAGAAGGAUAUCUUCUUUCUACAAGUCUGCUGACAACAAUCACUAUAGGCAACUAUCCCCUAGGGGCUCUGUACUUCUUCCAACACCUGCUGAAUUUGAUGUAACAGAAUCUCUUGCACGAUCACUGGCAGACGAUUAUCUUCAUAAAUGUUCCAGGAACAUAAUGCAGAAAGGUGACAAUCAACCAUCACGAGCCCUGCUGCUUGUUCUGCAGCAUUUGGAAAAAGCAAGUCUUCCAUUGGCAUCCAAUGGAGUAACAUGCGGAUCAUGGUUGUCAAAUGGAAAUGGAAGUGGAGCGGAUUUAAGGUCUCAACAGAAAGCCACGAGCCAGCAGUGGCAAUUGGUCACAGCUUUUUGUCAGAUGCAUAACAUUCCUUUAAGCACUAAAUAUCUUGCUGUCUUAGCAAGGGAUAAUGAUUGGGUUGGGUUUUUGUCAGAAGCCCAGGUUGGAAAAUAUCCCUUUGAAACAGUAAUCCAAGUGGCAUCGAAGGAGUUCAGUGAUCCACGCUUAAAGGUUCACAUUUUGACAGUUUUGAAAAGCAUGCAGUCUAGGAAAAAAGUUAGUUCGGCAAACAUGGAUAUUGCAGAAAGAAGGGUUGGAACUCUUUUGUCAGAUGAAAACCUUUACAUCCCCGUUGAAUUAUUCGGAAUUAUAGCAGAAUGUGAAAAACAGGAAAGACCUGGCGAGGCUCUUCUCCUAAAAGCUAAGAACUUGUGUUGGUCAAUAUUGGCUAUGAUUGCAUCUUGCUUUCCUGAUGUCUCCCCAUUAUCCUGCCUAACAGUUUGGCUGGAAAUAACUGCGGCAAGGGAGACUUCAGCCAUCAAAGUUAAUGAUAUUGCAUCCCAAAUUGCAAACAAUGUCAGAGCUGCAGUGGAGGCUACUAAUUCUCUCCCUGCUAGUGCUAGAACCAUAACAUUUCACUAUAACAGGAAAAACUCAAAGCGUCGACGCCUCGUGGGACCCAUUCCAGAGGAAUCUUUGGCUUUGGCAGCCUCUCAAGUUUCUAAAGGUUCUGGUGUCUCCAAGACACAAGGUGUUAUUUAUGACAAGGAAGUGGAGAAACUAGGUGAUGAAGAUACCAUACUUUCAACUGAUUCUAAUGGCAUGGCUACUGCUUUGUCAAGAAUGGUAGCUGUGCUCUGUGAGCAGCACCUGUUCCUCCCUUUGCUACAAGCUUUCGAGAUAUUUCUUCCUUCAUGCUCUCUGUUACCUUUUAUUCGCGCUCUUCAGGCCUUCUCACAAAUGCGCCUUUCAGAGGCUUCAGCACAUCUUGGAUCCUUUUCAAUCAGAAUUAAGGAAGAGUCUCCUCAUACACAACCUCACUGGGAAAGGGAAGGGAAAAUUGGAAAUUCAUGGACAAUUUCCACAGCUGUGAAAGCUGCUGAUGCGAUGCUUUUGACAUGCCCAUCUCCAUAUGAAAAAAGAGGCUUGCUGAGGCUCCUUGCUGCUACUGACUUUGGUGAUGGAGGGUCUACUGCAACACGGUAUGGGCAACUAUGUUGGAAGAUAGAUAUGGCUGAACCUUCUCUGCGGAGUGAUGAGUGCCCCCUCUUAGGAAAUGAAACAUUUGAUGAUGCUUCGCUUCUAUCCGCUUUAGAAAAGAAUGGAUAUUGGGAACAGGCUCGCAGUUGGGCGAAGCAGUUGGAGGCCAGUGGUGAACCACGUUGGAAAUCUGCAGCCAAUCAUGUAACUGAAAUGCAGGCUGAAGCCAUGGUUGCAGAAUGUAAGGAAUUUCUUUGGGAUGUCCCAGAAGAGCGGGUUGCUUUGUGGAGCCACUGCCAGACACUUUUCAUCAGAUAUUCCUUCCCGGCAAUGCAGGCAGGACAAUUCUUCCUUAAACAUGCAGAGGCAGCUGAAAAAGAUAUUCCAGCCAGAGAACUUCAUGAAAUUUUGCUACUUGCUUUGCAAUGGCUCAGUGGAACGAUAACCCAGUCAAAUCCGUUUUAUCCGCUGCACCAUCUGCGUGAAAUUGAGACUAGAGUGUGGCUCUUGGCUGUGGAAUCAGAAGCUCAGAUGAAGAGUGAGGGUGAAGAUUCAUUAACCUAUGCCACACGGGAACCUGGAGCUGGCAAGGGUUCUAACUUAAUAGAUCGUACUGCAAGCAUUAUUACAAAAAUGGACAAUCAUAUAAAUGCAGUGAGUCUCAAAUCUUCAGAUAAGAAUGAUAGGGAAAAUAGUCAGCCACAUGUUAGAAUCAAUCAAACUGUUGACUCUAGCUUUUCCACCACUGCUGGUGGGAGCACAAAGACGAAAAGGAGGGCAAAAGGCUUUGGAUCAUCAAAAAAGCCUUUAUCUGAUACCGUGGAUAAGAAAUUUGAGUCUGAAUAUACUCCGCACAAUCUCAGAGAUGAUACACAGUUUCUGGAUGAACACUUUAAAAUAGAUGCAUCAUUAUCGAGGUGGGAGGAAAGAGUUGGACCAGCUGAACUAGAGAGGGCUGUUCUUUCUUUGUUGGAUUUUGGGCAAACAACUGCGGCCAGGCAACUGCAAAAUAAGCUAUCUCCUGAGAACACACCAUCUGAAUUCUUACUCGUAGAUGCUGCUCUGAAACUUGCUGCUCUGUCAACUCCAAGCGACAAAGCGUUCAUGUCAGAGCUGGAUGAUGAAGUGCGCUGGGUCAUAGAGUCAUACAAUCUACCGACUGACAGUUGGGUGAUUGACCCCCUGAAGGUCUUGGAGAGUUUGGCAACAAUUCUUAUGGAAGGUAGUGGACGUCGACUGUGCAGGAGAAUAAUAUCUGUUGUGAAGGCUGCAAAUGUCCUAGGUCUUACAUUUGCAGAGGCCUUUGAGAAGCAGCCAAUUGAACUUCUACAAUUGCUUUCUCUCAAAGCUCAAGAUUCUUUUGAGGAAGCCAAUCUUUUAGUUCGAACUCACUCAAUGCCAGCUGCCAGUAUUGCUCAAAUUCUUGCUGAAUCAUUUCUAAAGGGUCUAUUAGCUGCACAUCGUGGGGGAUAUAUGGAUUCUCAGAAGGAGGAGGGACCUGCUCCACUGCUAUGGAGAUUUUCUGACUUCUUAAAAUGGGCUGAGCUUUGUCCUUCUGAUUCAGAAAUUGGCCAUGCAUUGAUGAGAUUAGUAAUCACAGGGCAAGAAAUACCACAUGCAUGUGAGGUUGAGCUGCUUAUUCUAUCACACCACUUCUACAAGUUGUCAGCAUGCCUUGAUGGAGUUGAUGUGCUUGUAGCUCUUGCUGCAACGAGGGUAGAAGCAUAUGUUUGGGAGGGUGAUUUCUCAUGUCUUGCUCGCUUGAUAACAGGAGUUGGAAACUUCCAUGCACUAAAUUUCAUACUUGGGAUUCUUAUCGAAAAUGGCCAACUGGAUCUCCUCCUCCAAAAAUAUUCAGCUGCUGCAGAUGCAAACAGUGGUACUGCUGAGGCGGUUAGAGGAUUCCGAAUGGCUGUUCUGACAUCUCUUAAGCAGUUUAAUCCAAAUGAUCUUGAUGCAUUUGCCAUGGUUUACAAUCACUUUGACAUGAAGCAUGAAACUGCUUCUCUUUUGGAGUUACGUGCAAGGCAAUCAUCUCAGCAGUGGUUUUACCGUUAUGACAAGGAUCAAAAUGAAGACCUGCUUCAAUCCAUGAGAUAUUACAUUGAGGCUGCUGAAGUUCACUCUUCUGUUGAUGCUGGCAACAACACUCGCAGAGCUUGUGCUCAGGCAUCACUUGUAUCCCUCCAGAUCCGAAUGCCAGACACAAAAUGGCUUGAUCUUUCUGAAACCAAUGCACGACGAAUACUAGUAGAGCAGUCCCGGUUUCAGGAGGCACUAAUUGUUGCUGAAGCGUAUGGUCUUAACCAGCCAAGCGAAUGGGCUCUAGUGCUGUGGGAACAGAUGCUCAACCCAGAGCUUACAGAGCAAUUUGUAGCUGAAUUUGUUGCUGUGCUACCUCUCCAGCCAUCAAUGCUUGUCGAACUUGCAAGAUUUUAUCGGUCUGAAAUGCAGGCCCGCGGCGACCAGUCCCAGUUCUCCGUCUGGUUAACUGGAGGAGGACUGCCAGCAGAUUGGGCAAAGUACCUAGGGAGAUCAUUUAGAUGCUUGCUGAAAAGGACUCGAGACUUCAGGUUAAAAUUACAUUUGGCGACCACAGCGACAGGGUUUGACGAUGUAAUUGAUGCUUGCAACAGGGAAUUGGAUAAGGUUCCUGAAAAUGCUGGACCCCUUAUCCUGAGGAAAGGGCAUGGAGGUGCAUACCUCCCCCUGAUGUAGCUCCCCAAGCACUAAUGACCAAAUCACAAUAUCUCUGCGUGAUAAGCGUAAUUGGUUGUUGAAGCUUCAACCGCUGAUUGGGGCGUGACUGAUGCCACCAAAAGAUCAUGUGAAUAUAUGUUAGGUAAAGCUCCUUGUUUUGAAUCACGAGUUUUGCUCUCUGUUUAGUGUAUGUAGCACAGAGCCUUGAGAACAAUACAAGUAGGUAGUGCUGGUGAGUUUGAAAAAUGCGGGUUUUAGGCAUCAGUUCAUUCUUUUGCUUUAAAUUCUUUCAAAUUGAGGCCAGUUUAGUGUGUGUACGAGUGUAAUUUUUGUUUUUGCUGUGAGAAAGAAUGCAUUGUAAAGCAUGUACAAUAUGUACAUAUCUCUCACUCAAGAAUAAGAUGUGCGCCAAUUUUGGGUUUGUCAUGUUGUAUAUACUUUGAGAUCCAGAUAACACUCCUUGAGCAUUAUCAUACGAGUAUUUUACUG